CUCUCCCCGUCACUUUCUCUCCCCAUUUCGGCUACACACGCCCCAUUUCCUACCCACAGUGCAUCUCACUCUCUCUCUCCGUCCCCCACUCCCCCGCAGGUCCUCUGUUUUCACUCAUCCCUUCGUCGGUUUCUAGCCAGUUCUUGUUGUUUGGUGCUGCACGCCCCCACCACCUCCCUGGAUUCUUGCUGAACGACGGUUGUGAUAUUGUUAGAGGUCGGACCCUAGGCUUACAUAAUACAAUGCAAGAUUUAAGAAUGGUGGGACUCUCUCUUGGAGAGAAGAACUUCAUACAGGGGGGCAUUGCUCAAGAUCUUCGCUCUGAUGGUCGGAAAAGAUUAACUUACCGGCCUGUUUCUGUUGAAACUGGAGUUAUACCUCAGGCAAAUGGUUCGGCAAGAGUCAGGAUGGGGGCAACAGAUGUUAUUUCCAGUGUGAAGGCCGAACUUGGGAAGCCAAGUUCAUUGCAACCUGACAAAGGAAAGGUCUCCAUUUAUGUUGAUUGUAGUCCAACUGCAGCACCAAUGUUUGAGGGAAGAGGGGGUGAUGAGUUGUCAACAGACCUCUCGGUUGCUCUUCAGUGUUGUCUCUUGGGUGGUAAAAGUGGAGCUGGGGCUGGAAUUGAUCUCUCAUCUCUAAUAGUUGUGGAGGGAAAGAUGUGCUGGGGUCUUUAUAUCGAUUGCCUCGUCGUUAGUUCAGAUGGGAAUCUACUGGAUGCCCUAGGUGCUGCCAUUAAGGCUGCUCUGAGCAAUACCGGCAUUCCAAGGGUUCUUGUGGCAGCUGGUGCUUCAGGCGAUGAGCAACCAGAGGUUGACAUUAGUGACGAAGAAUUUCUGCAGUUUGACACAUCAGACAUCCCCGUCAUAGUUACGUUAACAAAGGUGGGUAGGCACUAUAUAGUAGAUGCCACAUCAGAAGAGGAAUCCCAAAUGAGCUCUGCGGUCUCUAUAUCUGUCAACAGGAAAGGACACAUUUGUGGUCUGACUAAACGAGGUGGUGCAGGCCUAGAUCCUAGCAUCGUUCUCGACAUGAUAUCUGUGGCAAAGCACGUAAGUGAACAGCUAAUGAACAAGUUGGAUUCUGAGAUAGCUGCUGCUGAAGCUGUCGAAGAUGCUUCAUGACAUGUUUAGAACCUCUGAUGCCAUUAUAGUUGGUACAUUUGAACUUAUAAAAAAAAAAAAAAAAAAGGUUGGUACAUUUGAACAGGACUGUGUUCUAUGUAGAAUUUUUUAUAAAUUACCUGGGGGAUGAAGAUAGAAUGGCAUGUUUCAACCUCAAUUUUCAGAGCUGUGUAAUCUAAUUUUGCUUGUUCCA